ACAGUAGUUUGUAAUUAGUUGUGUAUGAGGGUACAAUUAAUAUAACACUUCUAUUUCCCCCAAAAAAUAAUAGAGUCCCAUUCAACUCCAUGCCCCAGCGAAAGCAAUAUGUUUAUCAAUUAAGCCGACAACAUUUGUGAUACCAGGGGAUCCGUCGGACGGUUAAGUGUCGGAGUUUAAUAAACUGUUUAAUUAAGAGCGCUUGCGCAGGGUUAGGGCGCAGUGCGGCGCGAGCGCGCGACCCGACACCAUGCUGGCGCCGGCGCUGGUCGUCCUCACGCUCACCACCGCGCGUGCCUUCAAAAUCACCAGCUUCCACGUACCUCCGUACGUGCCCCCCGACCAAACCUCCGUCGACAUCGAGUGCCGCUACGACGCCAACUUCACAAUCCUCAACUGGUUCAAAGGCUCCACCGAGUUCUUCCGCUACAAACCCACGUCGACACCCAGCACGCGAUCUUUCCCAAUCCUCGGCGUCGGCACCAUCGAUCUGAUCUCCUGCGGGCCCACCGAGUGCCGGCUCCGACUCGGCCAGCUCACCGAGGAAGCCUCAGGCCUCUACAGAUGCGACCUGGAGCUCGACAAACCGCCCUACAAGUUCGAAUCUAAGACUGGCUACAUGAAGGUGGUAAGCCGUCAGCACCGACAACCUGUCGUCGAGGGUCUCUCUGACGAGUACGGGGAAGAUGAAGAGAUUCAGGCGUACUGUCGAGCGGAAAACAAUGCACAAGUACGAUGGUACCUGAACGGGAAGGAAGCUUUGGAACUGCGGGGAAACCGUACCUUGAAACUGGGCAGCAAGCAGAUAAAUUCCCUCAUCGCUCAACCAACAGUGACAGUGCAGUGUGCCGAAUAUAUUGACGGCAAGUUGAUAGGUUCAAAAGAUGCUCAAGCUAAGUGGAAAAAAACUCUCAAAACAUUGACCUACGAAGAUCAGGCUUGUUCUAUGGAAAAUAGCUCUAACGCCAUCAAUUCUAAAUUAUUAUGUUUAUUGUCUGCGUGUGUUUUAUGUUUACAUGGUUGAUUUUAUAAAUUAUUCUUUAAGUUAUUUUAAAAGAAGAUAGCUAUUUAAAAUUGCAUAAAAUAUAAAUUUUGAUUUAUAACCAAAGAUUGAAUAAAACGUUCCUAGUAGUGAAAGCAAAGGGAUAGUGAUUGUUUUUUUAUUUUAUUUAAAAGCUUAUGGUCCUAAAAAUUCCUUGGCAGCUGUUUCUACAUAUUUAAGUAUAUGAGCUUUAGAACACGAAAUAUGAUACUCUACUCAAUCAACACACAAAAUUAAUAUUUUUUUCUCCUUAUCGUCAACACUUGUGCGUGCUUUGGUUAGCUGACUACCUACCAAUGUAAAUGUUGUCCUAUUUUAUUAAUUAAAUAAGUAAUGUUCUUGCAAUAAAAGA